AUGGAUCAGAAAAUACAGCGUGAUGAAUCCAAGAAAGGUUUAGAAAAGCAAGCAAAGAAAAUGUUAGCAUUUUCUAAUGCAAAGCACCCAAAUGUCGAUGAAGGUGUCACUGUGAGAAUUAAAGUACACGAAGUAGACAGAGCAAAAACUGAUGCCCGCUCAAUUUUAGCUGUGGUUCUUAGUAAAACAGAGGAUGGCUUUAAUAAACUUGGUACUAAAACGGGUAUUUUUAAACAAUUGUAUGCAAAAUCUGAAUUCAGUGUUUGCAAAGAGAGAUUUUUAACAAAAGAAGAUGUCCCUGCUGUAGAAAUAUCUUUACGUCAAACAGCAAUAAAACAAUCCCUUGGUACUGGGCAGGGUUUCAGAAAAUGUGACUGCAAAUCUAAAUGUACCACAAAUAGGAAGGGAGCCCUCCGCCAAAACGUGCAUGAGGUGAAGGACCACAAGUUCACCGCCCGCUUCUUCAAGCAGCCCUUCUGCAGCCACUGCACCGACUUCAUCUGGGGUUUUGGCAAGCAAGGCUUUCAGUGUCAAGUGUGCUGCUUCGUGGUACACAAACGCUGUCAUGAAUUUGUCACGUUCUCCUGCCCUGGGGCCGAUAAAGGACCUGCGUCUGAUGAUCCCAGAAGCAAACACAAGUUUAAAAUCCACACGUAUUCCAGUCCUACGUUUUGUGACCACUGUGGUUCCUUGCUAUACGGCCUCAUACAUCAAGGAAUGAAAUGUGAAACCUGUAUGAUGAAUGUUCACAAACGAUGUGUAAUGAACGUGCCAAGUCUCUGCGGGACGGACCACACUGAGCGAAGGGGAAGGAUUCAAAUCAAAGCGGAGAUCGCCCAGGAUGUACUGACUGUAGUAGUUGGGGAUGGGCGGAACCUGGUUCCUAUGGACCCCAAUGGACUUUCUGAUCCAUACGUGAAACUGAAGCUCAUCCCAGACCCCAAGAGCGAGAGCAAACAGAAGACGAAAACCAUCAAAUGUUCCCUCAACCCAUCGUUUAACGAGACGUUUAAGUUCCAGCUGAAGGAGUCAGAUAAAGACAGACGCUUGUCAGUGGAAAUAUGGGACUGGGACCUGACCAGCAGGAACGAUUUCAUGGGCUCGUUGUCAUUUGGGAUCUCUGAGCUACUAAAGGCCGGCGUGGACGGGUGGUUCAAGUUGCUGAGUCAAGAGGAGGGUGAAUACUUUAAUGUCCCUGUGCCACCUGAAGGAGAGGAAGGCAAUGAAGAACUUCGGCAAAAGUUUGAGAGAGCGAAAAUUGGACCCGGUUCUAAAGCGGCAGAAGAAAAGGCGGCAAAUCCUGUACCGAAAAUUGACAACAAUGGGAACCGGGACAGAGUCAGAGUGACAGAUUUUAAUUUCUUGAAAGUGCUGGGCAAAGGGAGCUUUGGAAAGGUAAUUCUUGCAGAGAGGAAGGGCACGGAUGAGCUGUACGCCAUCAAGAUCCUGAAGAAAGAUGUAGUAAUUCAAGACGACGACGUUGAAUGUACAAUGGUGGAGAAAAGAGUGUUGGCCGUAGCUGAGAAGCCGCCAUUCCUGACGCAACUCCACUCCUGCUUCCAGACCAUGGACCGCUUAUAUUUUGUCAUGGAGUUUGUGAACGGUGGAGAUCUCAUGUAUCAGAUUCAGCAGGUGGGACGGUUCAAGGAGCCACAUGCAGUAUUCUAUGCAGCUGAAAUAGCCAUCGGACUCUUAUUUCUUCACUCCAAGGGCAUCGUAUACAGGGAUCUGAAGUUAGACAAUGUAAUGCUCGACUCAGAAGGGCACAUAAAGAUUGCAGACUUCGGCAUGUGCAAAGAGAACAUGUGGGAUGGGAUAACAACCAAGACGUUCUGUGGCACGCCAGAUUACAUAGCGCCAGAGAUUAUUGCGUACCAGCCCUACGGGAAGUCGGUGGAUUGGUGGGCCUUUGGAAUCCUACUUUAUGAAAUGUUAGCUGGACAGGCACCAUUUGAAGGCGAAGAUGAGGACGAGCUGUUCCAGUCCAUCAUGGAACAUAAUGUGGCUUAUCCCAAGUCAAUGUCCAAGGAAGCUGUAGCUAUAUGCAAGGGGCUCAUGACAAAGCACCCAGGCAAGAGACUGGGCUGUGGCCCCGAGGGUGAGAGAGACAUUAAAGAUCACGCCUUCUUUAGAUACAUAGACUGGGAGAAGCUGGAAAGGAAAGAGAUUCAGCCUCCGUACAAACCGAAGGCGUGCGGCCGAAAUGCUGAGAACUUUGACCGAUUUUUCACCCGCCAUCCGCCAGUGCUAACUCCACCAGACCAAGAGGUGAUCCGGAACCUUGACCAAUCAGAAUUUGAAGGCUUUUCAUUUGUUAACCCUGACUUUGAAAAUGAGGAGGUGAAGGACAUAAAAUAGUUGUUCCCUGGAAAAUACAGCCGCUCUGGCUGUUCAUGUGUAACCUCUCUGGGUGGGCCCUUACCGCGCACCCUCUCUUGAGUAUCAAUAACGCCAUCUAGCAGCACUCUUACCAUGCGUGUGUGGCAUCAUCUCGCCGCAAGCAGAGCCCUGUAGUUAAUUCUGUGUGUAUUAAUAAGCAAAUCAAUGAAAAAGUGCAUUAAUACCAACUAAAAGAACAAAAUAAUACAUUAGUGCAUGGAUAUUUGCACCUAACAGGGUAAGCUUGAAAUGUUUUUUGGAGACCCAGAGUCAAUCUAUUUUUGUGGGUGGUGUAUCCUAUCCCUUUUCAUAUAUCAAGUGAAAACUGGUUAACGUCUGUGCCUGCUAACUCCUAUUUAAAGCUAUAGGGGGAUACCUGCAAAAUAUAAGGGUCAAUUCAUAUGACUAGAAACACUCCCCAUAUAAUAUGUAAGACCCCUAUCAAGACAUUAGUUACAGUUCUUUGUAGCACGUCCACUAAAAGCUUUGCGGUGAGUAAUAAACUUCAAUGCACUGUGCUGAUGGGACUCUUGAUAUCGAAGGUUAAAUUUCCAUGUGUUUUCUCGAGUAGUCCCUUUUCUCAGUUGAAGCGGCAGCUGCUAAUAUUCCCAUUGGACAGCAGUCUGCCAAAUCCCUUGUAAUAGCCUCAUGCUAAAACUGUAUUGACUUUGUAUAGCGUGGUCUCAGCGCAGUGCCCACUCAACAUCUAUCGCCAAAGGGGCCAUAACGUAUCGAUGACCAAAUUCAGCAGAUGUUCCUGUAUACGAGACACCCUCACCGUCCUCCUUUCUGCAUGAGUGAAGGAGAUAAUGCACUCACACUGAAUGCCUGAGGCAGCUCUAUACAAAGCGGCCGUUCGACGUGCAGCUUUAGCCACGCAUUAACUCAUUACCCUCUCCAUGUCCCUGUCCUACAGCAAGCCGGGGCCUGUCCUAGGUCCUUUAACUGCCUGCUGGAGAUCCUCAUCAUUCACAAAUCUAACCAUCAAAGACCUCACAUGAUAAUGUCCAAUUUGUUCCCUCCUUCUGACCUUCCUUAUCUCACAAAGGUUGUCUCCACAUUCUGCAGCCUUGAUAAUGUUUUAAACACCUUCCAUAUUGCUUUCAUAAAAUGUUGCUACGUCCGAACCUGUUCUUUGUGCCUCUCAGAAAUAGGGUUUACGUUUUUUUAUUAAGUAUUUCUGCCUCCGCUUACAACAAUGACAGACACAACCUCCCCCUCUAUGGUGCUUGGAAAUCAGAAUAAAAUCCAUACGUUUUCAUGAAGAUUAAGCAGACACUUGUAUCAGUUUGUGAACGUAGGUCACACUUUAAGCGAGCACUCAUUUCUCUAAAAGCAAGCAAUAAUGUCUCUGAAUAUUUAAAGUGUUUACGUUAGACUACAAAUGUUAUUUCAAAAGCUACAUUCCCUUUUUGAUAACCCUAGUAUGUUGUUUUGUUUUGCUUUUUUUAAUAUAUGAAAUAGGUCAUUAUGUAAUAUUAUAAAAACACAAAUUCUGAUAAUUUUUAAAUAUGAAACUGCAUGUUGAUUUUGGCUUUAUUAACCCCAUGGCUCCUGCAGAGAGGAUUGUAGAACCUGCUGCACUCCUGAUAUUCGUUUUUGUUUUACUGUAAGAUGGUUAGUUGUUUAAGCUGACUUUUAAAUCCUUCUCCCUGUUUAAAAUGGGUUCUCCCUAUUGUCAUCUAAUAACUACCCUGAUUGUCAGCAACCCUGAAUUUGGCUUUUUCGUGUCUAGUGCUUUAUUUGCACAGAGGUUAAUGAGGGAGAAUGAAGAUUUGAAAUACAUAAAGAUAGGACGGAAUGAUUAGUUAACACAUAUUCUGUAUUUGAUCUCCUCCUUUACUGCUAUGUACCAAGGCAGAAGUAUUGCAAUGAAUAUGUCUAUUGGAUGACCAUACCAUGUCUAUGUCACACAUUUAUGCAGACAGAGCCCUUGUUUGGUACAUUUGGAUGCUAAAUUAUAGACCCUGAUUUAUUUCUAAUUUAACUUUGUUGGCGUGGAACCCUUACAUGUUAGAGACAGUAUUGCUAAAUGCCAGAAACUGUUCUUAUAAUGUUUGCCUAUACUAGGUAUGUAUGUGGGUCACUGUGUUGAAAUAUCACAACUUAUUCUGGUCCAUAGACCCCUUUUAGCAAGCAGCAAAUAUAAAAUAGCCGCUCUGAUGCAUCACAGCAUAAGCAAAAAGUGAUAUUUUGUGUCCUUUAGUGACCAAUUUUAGUUCUUGAAACUAGCAGUAAUGAGAAAUAAUGCAAACUAAUCCUUUCCCUGUUUUGUGCAUUUUAUGUUACACAGUCAUGAGAUACAAUAUUACUCUCACAUCAGUAAACUUACAAAAUGUUAGCUCUCAGAAAAGCUCGGGGAUUCUCUACUGUGUUAGGUUAUAUAUAUAACAGUAACAUUGCAUGUACCUUCAUACACAAGCUGUGCCAGAAUAAGGCGUCCUAUCUGCUCUAUGGACGUGAUUGCGCAUCUGCCGGAGCUCAAAUCGGAUCUAAAAGGGGAUCGUUGUCUGAACUACUUUUAUAGUUUACCUCUGGAAAUACCAACAACAACACUUAAAUGUGUUACAGACCUUCCUGGCGUUUAAGAAGUUAAAAAUAGGAAUAUUUAAAAUGGCGACACAAUGUUGCUAACUUUCGCUUACAAGGGGUUGUGUAGUAGUAGUAAGCGUGCACUCAGGAGCACACAAAGAAAAGCCAACUGCGUCCAAACCUUGCUUCUUGUGCUGGUUCUCUUAGUAGAUGACAAUAACCCCCCAAGGUAGUGACAAGUGCCAAAGUUAGCGGGGCAACAUUUUAUCAUCACUGUUGCAGCCAACUGGAUACCACCUCUUGUUGAGUCUUCAGGUUGAUAAGUGCAGGGCUUCCAUAGAAAACUAUGCCAUGGUGGCUCUUCCCAAAUAUUUCCACGUUUUUGAGCUACCAUUUAAUAGGAAAUAACCAGGUACCACAGUUACAAAAAAUCUAUUAUCUCUAUUUUACUAAUAUUUUGUCUUUUUGUUAUAUUUUUUUUUGUAAUGGUUCUUUUUGUUUAUACAGCCCCAAAAAAGCCUUAUGUCCUGUCACUUUGUAUUGAUCAACUGUGUAAAUGUAAUGUGCCAAUAUAACUUUCCAUAUCAAUAAUAAAAUGGAAUAGAUUCUCAAAGAA